AUCUGUGGAUGUUAAGUCUCGAACCCCAGUCUAUCAUUUCGGAGAUCCUUCUUACUGCUUCCUGCAGUCAUCCAUGGGUCCUAUCCCGUAUUGGAUACUCAUAUAAGCGGAGAUCCUCUUCUCCCAAGCCCCCCAUCCUGCCUUCCCUAUAUUUAUGAAUGUUCAUGCCCACUAUCCACCACCUCUUUAACCUCAACCUCAACCUCAACCUCACUCUCACCCUCAUUCUCUCUCUUGAACACCACCUCUUCUCAGGCCCAUACCUAUCCUUCUUUCACUCUACCGCCCACACAUAUCCCCAAUGGCCAAUUGCUGGCAACCUCAAGCCUCAUUCGUCGACCCAGCCUGGGCUUCCAACAACCAGCCAUGCAUGCGUUCUUCGACCUUCCGCGACAUGAUCCAUGCCUUCCCUAGGCCAAAGCAGACCGGACGGGUGACCAAGCCCCGGAGUGCCGGCAACAGUCCUGCUUCUGCUGGCAGACGGAGGACGACGACCAUGCCUCACAGCUCGACCAUGUACCCUGGCUACCAAGCCCCAUUCAACCCUGCCGCUUUGGCAUCCGCCUUCUCCAGGAGUAGUCGCAACCGGCCGAUGAGCUGGCAUCCAGUCAUGGACCCGUCCACCUUCCCGACGGACCCGUACUUCGCGAACUCGACCACUCUGGACAGCCUUGCCGCCGUGGGCAUGUGCCCUCAGCCACUCCCCACCGCCCCCGCUGUCCUCGAAGGCAACGACAUGCUGUCCUCGUACGCCAAUGGGCUUCCUUUCUUCGCUGGCGUGCAAAAUCAAUUGCCGCUUCACCAGUCCGCCUUUGUCCAAGAGGACCCCGUCUCCUGGGAGACAAGUAACUCGACGAUGCCCGCCAUGACUGAGCCCAUGUCGGACUGCUGGUCAUUCGACAUGGCUUCCAUGCACAACAGCAUGCCCUCCGCCUACGUCGCUGACUCCACCUAUGACGAGAGUGUGCCAUCCUCAGGAUGCCUGACAGGCCCGGCCACCCCUCAGUUUCUUCCCAUCCAGCGUCCGGACGACAAUCUGACCGCCAAGUCCAACCCGGAAGACGAACUCGUUGGCAUGGGCCUGUAUAGCAACCCCGACGCAUUGAGUGAGACCUCGCUCCUGGGUCUGUCUGGCAAGGGCUUGAAGUUGGAAGAGACAUUCACUCCCUCAGCAAACAACGCGGAGGACAAAGACAAUGACGAUGACGACGAUGAAGACGACGACGAUGACGCCCCUCAAGAGCAGGAUGAGCAGGAUGAGCAGGAUGAGGCCGCCUUCUCCAGCUGCGCGGCUCCAAACGCGACGCAGCCCCAACCCCACGUCGGUCAGCAGCCCGUCAAACCCGCCGCGAACAUGAUGCACAAAUCAUUCUUCUUCGAGGAUGACUUCGAGCCACAUGCGAUUGUCGGAUCUCAGCCGCUCAUCAACAUGGCUAGCCAGCCCUGCGUCAAUUACGGCUAUGGCUGGAUUUGAUUUUUCGGGAACGCAUUCAUCCGCCUGUAACUUUUUUAUGAAUCCUGUAUUCGCUAUUCAGCAUUGCAUAGCGUGGAGUUGUGUAUUUUUGUUGUUUGUUUGGGUUCGGACGGCGUUUUACAUGUACCAAAUACCCUGGGAUGGCUGAUUGGAACUACCUUAUUCCCUUCUUUUAUGAUGACUACCUUAUGUAUUAGAGAACCCUUGGAUGUUGUAACACCAAUGAAUGAAGACAUCCUCAGGGAUGGCAUAUAUGAUGGACCAUG